CUUGGCUGAGCUCAUGGGAGAGAAGUAUGGUACGUUUCGUGUGACGACUGACUCUCACUCGCACCAGACAACGAUGCCUCGAACAUGCUUCCCAGAGAAAAGCACGGGGACGAAGCGCGCAAGGCUCUAAAAGAAAGGGUGCAGGAAAUCAAAGGUCUGGGACAGGUCGGGUCUGACAUCUUCCUCGGUUCCAUCCAGAAUUUCUUCCCUAAUGUUGCGCCGUUCCUCGACAAUCGAAGCCGCAAAACUGCCCAGAAAAUCGGUUUAGGCGAUGAUCUUGAUAAGAUUUUCGAGGCUGUCGCCUCGGAUGUUGCGAGGAUGGCUCAACUGGAAGUCGCCUUGACAAAGAUUCGGUUGGAUAAAAGGGAAGGUGAAUUCAAAGCCUAGUGCCUUCCUCAAGAGAAGCAAAGUAAGGGUGCUCAAGUGCUUUGGUCGCAGUAAGGCGAUCCUGGUGAUCCCAUCGCAACAAUCUAUCCACGAGAUCGAUGGCAACAUCGUUGGCCAGGCCCCCAUUCUCGUGGGUGACAUAGCUAGUCCAAGACCUCCCUUCGUGGACUGGGAUGUCGUCGACGUCAGGUGCGUCCAUGUCGUAUCUCUCGAUGUAGUUGAGAAGUCCUUUUGUCCCCAAGGUGGUGGCAAUUUGCUCGAGACAAUUCAGCCUGCUAAAGCCGUGGAAGAAGGGCUGUAUCCUAAAAAUCAUGGAUGCCAACAUUUCACCCAGGCACCACAUGUCCAAGCUGUA